UUCCAGACAAUGUUCUUUAAGCUAUUGCUCUCAUAGGACAAUGUCAGGCAAUCCUGGUUAGGUUUAUCUUAUUUGCAAGACAAAAAAAAAGUUUCUGUGUCCUGGAAACUAAUCUAGUAAUCUUUUCAUUUAAACCCAUAAAAUGUGAGGAAGCUUUCUGCUUCAUUUCACCAAUUAUCUCAACUUUUUAGGACUUACAAAUUGUUCUGAAAGGAACAAAUACUUGGCCAUACAGAUGUGGGGUUUUUUGAACACUUUCUGUGUUAAAGAAAAAAAAAGUGGAAAUAAUCCUGUUUGUAUGUGUAUGCCCAAGUGUUUUAUGGUCUUUUCCACCACACACAUACUCUCACCAGUCCUUGGCAUUGUCACUGAAUUGCCCUUGACUCAUAAUGAGUUUCUUUCUGCCUGACUGACUGGGAUUCCCGUACUAGUAAAGAUUUUCAAACGUCCAGACAAAGGAUCUGGAUGACAAAAGAGUGUCAGCCCAGUGCUGUUGUUUCCUUUCGCAUGGAUACCAGUCUUCUUGUCACUCCUGUAGUAAGAAAGAGUUGUAAGAUGUUUACUAAGAGGACAUCUUCUCAGUAGGCGGUAACAUCGUUGUUACCUUGGACUCUCCUCAGUUCCCUCUAUUCAUGUGCGGAAUCUCAUUGUUGUUGGGGACAUCAUUCAAGCUGGUGUUUUAAGGCCUGAGGGAGGGUCCCAAGUUCAUUAGUGCUGUGUUUGGAGGGUCGGAGUAAGAGAGGAGGUACUUCGUCUUGUGGUGACAGCGAGCUGUGGCUAAUCUCCAGGCCAGAAGAUUCACAGAGUUUUCAGGAGAACGGGCCAGUGGCUGAAGUGUUGCAGCUGAGAGGAAAAAAGAAGAAGAUGGCACCUGCUGCUCUGGUUUUUGCCUGGUUAUUGCUCACCAUGAGGAUGGUGACCCUGGCAGCCUAUCUGGAGCCGGACGAGACAGAGCUGAAUGAAACUGUCAUUUGUACAAACGACCAUAUGGAGGUUAUUAUUCCCAGUGCUUUUUUCCUCAACAAAGAACCUCCAGUUUAUGUUUGGGAUUUGCAUCUAAAUGAUCCAGAGUGCCGUGGUGUUGAGGUUGGAGAUGAUUACAUUUUCAGCAUAAAGACAAACCUCUCUGACUGUGGAACUAUCAUGGCAUCAGAUGAUGCACACAUCAUGUUCAUAAACACUAUACACAACAAUGACACUGACAUAAUUACACGGAACUACAUUAACAUUACAUUUGUUUGCCGCUAUCCCGUCAACUACAUGGUUCAGCAACCCAACGGUGAAAAUAUGAUUCGAGUGGAUGUCAGGACUAUUACUCUGAAUACAGAAGAUGGAAACUUUUCUGUGUCGAUGUUGUUGUACAAAGAUGAAGCUUUUGAAGACCAGUGGACUACGGUGCCAUCGCUGACCCUGGAUGAUGACAUCUUCGUCAAAGUGUUCAUGAUUCCAGCUCACCUGAUGCUGCGCAUGGAGAGAUGCUGGGCUACGCCUACCAGUGACCCAUACAGCAACAUUCAGUACAGCUUCAUCAGAGACAGCUGCCCACUGCUGUCAAAUGAGCAGACACUGACUGUGAUAAAGAACGGUCAGGGUCCAGAGGCCAUGUUCAGGAUACAAAUGUUUAAGUUUGUUGGCGGCUCUUACACAAACGUCUUCCUUCACUGCAACGUCCAGAUCUGCCACAACGCCCCGGGCCUGUGCCAGCCGAACUGCUCCAGUGAAGAUGGAUUAAUGAGGAUGCGGCGAGACAUCCCUCUGUCUCAUACAGUUUCUUAUGGCCCUAUUAGACGACUACUAGAUAACAGCGACAAGCCCAAUUCCAAUUCAGGUGGAGUCCCUGCUGUGGAGACCUUUGUCCUUGGUGGACUGCUGGUGCUCUUACUGCUGAUCACAGGCGUAUUCGGGAGACUGUGGCUUCGCUCCAGACGUUUUUACCCAGCGCAGGAGGCACAGCUCACCCUGUCCAACAUUCAUCACAUCUCAGAGGUGGCCUCAUGAAGAUUCGGAUGAUCAGUGGCCGUUUUGAACAGAAAAAUGGACAUAUGAGCAAAGACACUCAUGAGAUUAAUAGUAAUGAAAAUGAUGCAGAUGUUUCUUUUUAUUCAAUGCAUUUUUUUUUUUAAUUUGAAUGAAACCAACGUAAUAAAAUUCUCUUUAAA